GGCAUGUUCUUGAACACGGCUUCUCCCCGGAGGUCGUUUAGCAUCCCCAUUAACAUCAACCUGCAUGGUGCUCGCAGGCGGCAGACACGGGAGAUCCAGCACACAUCGGCGACACAGGAGCAGGAGAGGAGCCAAAGAGGGGAAGCCGAGGGGGCCCGGAGUCAGAUGCCUACGUCUAGUGUCGGAGAAGAACGAGCCAUCUUGUUGGGCUUCACCAUGAUGGCUUUCUCUGUGCUCAUGUUCUUUGUGGUCGGCAUUACCACGGUUAAGCCUUACAUCGACAGUUGCUGGGAGCAGGCCAGCUGUGUCCUGACUCAGACUGAUAUCCUGGAAGAGUGGGUAGACUGCAGAGGGGUGAGCACAGUGCCCUGCCUUACUGUGACCGUCAGCGUCACCGGUUCCAACGAGUCAGCCUUUCUCCAGUUUGAUGAGGAUUCGGUCUUCCUUCCGAACGAGUGUUUCUAUCUCCCCAAGUGCCAACUGGACAGAAAAGGGCUUCAGGACGAAGUGCAGAAAGUGGAAAAGUGGGUGGACAACCAGCUGAAGAACAGCUCAGCGUGUUUCAGUGACCAAAAGGGACACCCCAACCACAUCAUUCUGAACAGGAAGUACACCCUGCAGAGAGUGCUGUUCGGACUGCUGUGGCCCUGUCUGAUGCUGGGUGGCGGAUCUUUAUUGGUGGGACUUGUAAAGCUGACACAGUGCUUGGCCCGUCUGUCCACUGAUGUGAGAAGUUAUUCCAGAGGAGGAAGGCGGACUUUGAGAGAUACUCGGGGCAAAAUGUACAGACUCCUCCGGAGGUCAAGCACGCAAUCUAUCUUGUGACGUAUGGUGGAACACACACCGGUCGGAUUUGAGGGGUCUUUGUGAUCAGAAAAAAAAAGGUUGAGAGUACCACUUGACUGGUCAAAACAUCAAAAGGGGAUUUCUAAAUCCCGUUACACCUGAGGAGUUGGUUAUUGACCAGGUCAGGCCUAAUCUGAUAAAAUCAAAACCUUAUGGUGAUUAUUUAAUCUCACUUCAGUCUGAGCCAAUGGUGGUAAAGUAAUAGAAAAAAAAGAUCUGUCAAGUCUAUGCUUUACCAGUGAUGCCUAAAUGUUGUUCUGUUGUGUAUAAAGUACCAGGUGUGGUACCAGGUGUGCUAACAUAUUAACACAGUGAAUAUGUUACGCUAGCCUGGAGCCUGCUGCUUUACAGUAAUGCUGCUUGUUGUUCAUCAACUGCCUAUUUGUUACCUUAAGAUUUAUCUGUGCUACUCCUUUAGUUUCAACACAAAGAUAGUCCAUGUGAAAUGAUCAAUACUUUUGUUUGCAAUUUCUCUUCCAUAUGUCCAGCAAGGUACUCAAAUUUUGUCCAUGUUGGGGCGUAUGCCUGAAUUUAAACAGUUGGAGACGCUUCUCUGGCAGAGGCUUUUCAACAAAAAUCAGGAAUAUCUAUGAUAAAUGGUUUUCACAGUCCAAACUGUGAUCAUAGGUGCAAUUUUAGCAGAUAGAUUAAACUACUAUGAGAUAUUCUGGCUGCUGGAAAAAGCCAGAAUAUCACAAAAAUACUGAAUCACAAAAAUAUACUUGUACACCUCAACCUAGACAUAUAAAUAUGGGUGAACAUAAAAGGAAGAGAAAAUAGUAUUUCUAUUUAGGUUACAGUUACAGACUCAGUUAGCCUAAUAAACAAUUGUGUGUAGUAGAAUCUAGGUAAGUAUGUUAUUUCUAUACUAAUACACUGUAAAAACACAAUCUUAUCAAGUAAAUUUGGCCUAAUUUCUAGGACAAAUAUCCUAGAAAUAUCUCGAAAUAAGACAAAACUAACUUACAAGUAACUUUUCAAAAAAGAUCUGGGGGCUUGUUUUAAG